GAACACACUUUGCCUUCUCUUUGCUUAGCAAGUAAUACCAACCGAAUUACAGACAUCCCAACACUUUGGCCAGGCAGCCCUGCUGAGCAAGGGAUCUCAGCCAGCAUGGCUGUCUCUUUGCCAUCCACCCUGGGACUCACUUCUGCCCCAGAUGAAAUUCAGCACCCACAUAUUAAAUUUUCAGAAUGGAAAUUUAAACUAUUCAGGGUGCGAUCUUUUGAAAAGGCACCCGAAGAAGCUCAAGUAGAAAAGAAAGUUUCCUCUGAGGGAAAACCCUCUCUGGAGCAAUCUCCAGCAGUCCCAGACCAGGCUGAUGGUCAGAAGCCAGCUCUGAGUCAACCGGCAUUAAAAGCUCACCCUAAGUUUCUGAAGAAAUCCCAUGAUGAUGGGAAAACAAGAGACAAAGCAAUCCACCAAGCCAACCUUCGACAUCUCUGCCGUAUCUGUGGGAAUUCUUUUAAAACUGAUGGGCACAAUAGGAGAUAUCCAGUCCACGGGCCUGUUGAUGGUAAAACCCAAGUCCUUUUACGGAAGAAGGAAAAGAGAGCCACUUCCUGGCCAGACCUUAUUGCCAAGGUCUUCCGGAUCGAUGUGAAAGCAGAUGUGGACUCCAUGCACCCCACCGAGUUCUGCCAUAACUGCUGGAGCAUCAUGUACAGGAAGUUUAGCAGUGCCCCAUGUGAGGUUUACUUCCCAAGGAAUGCAACCAUGGAGUGGCACCCCCACACACCCUCCUGUGACAUUUGCCACACUGCCCACCAGGGACGCAAGAGGAAGAGUCAUCAGCCAAACGUGCAGCUCAGCAAAAAACUCAAAACCGUGGUUGACCGAGCGAGAAGAGCCCGUCGGCACAAGAGAAGAACUCAGGCCAGGAUUAGCACCAAAGAAGCGAUGAAGAAGAUUUCCAGCUGUGGUAAUAUACAUCUUAGUACCACCCUUCUUGCAGUGGACUUCCCAGCACACUUUGUGAAAUCCAUCUCCUGCCAGAUUUGUGAACACAUUCUGGCUGACCCUGUGGAGACCACCUGUAAGCACGUAUUUUGCAGGAUCUGCAUUCUCAGAUGCCUCAAAGUCAUGGGUAGCUAUUGUCCCUGUUGCCAGUAUCCCUGCUUCCCUACUGACCUGGAGAGUCCAGUGAAGUCCUUUCUGAGCAUCUUGAAUUCCCUGAUGGUGAAAUGUCCAGCCAAAGAGUGCAAUGAGGAGGUCAGCUUGGAAAAAUAUAAUCGCCACGUCUCGAGCCACAAGGAAUCCAAAGAGACUUUUGUGCAUAUUAACAAAGGGGGUCGGCCCCGCCAGCAUCUCCUCUCGUUGACCCGGAGGGCUCAGAAGCACCGCCUUAGGGAGCUCAAGCUGCAAGUCAAGGCUUUCGCUGACAAAGAAGAAGGUGGAGAUGUGAAAGCUGUGUGUCUGACCUUGUUCCUGCUGGCGCUGAGGGCGAGGAAUGAGCACAGACAAGCGGAUGAGCUGGAGGCCAUCAUGCAGGGGCGGGGCUCUGGGCUGCAGCCAGCGGUUUGCUUGGCCAUCCGUGUCAACACCUUCCUCAGCUGCAGCCAGUACCACAAGAUGUACAGGACUGUGAAAGCCAUCACCGGGAGGCAGAUUUUCCAGCCUUUGCAUGCGCUUCGGAAUGCCGAGAAGGUCCUCUUGCCAGGCUACCACCCCUUUGAGUGGCAGCCCCCUCUGAAAAAUGUGUCCUCCAGCACUGACGUGGGCAUUAUUGAUGGCCUGUCUGGGCUGUCCUCCUCUGUGGACGAUUACCCCGUGGACACCAUUGCGAAGCGGUUCCGCUACGACUCGGCUUUGGUGUCUGCUCUGAUGGACAUGGAAGAAGACAUCCUGGAAGGCAUGAGAGCCCAAGACCUUGAUGACUACCUGAAUGGCCCCUUCACAGUCGUGGUGAAGGAGUCUUGCGACGGAAUGGGAGAUGUGAGCGAGAAGCACGGCAGCGGGCCAGCAGUUCCAGAAAAGGCAGUUCGGUUUUCGUUCACGGUCAUGAAAAUUACCAUAGCACGUGGCUCAGAAAACGUGAAGGUGUUCGAAGAAGUCAAACCUAACUCUGAACUGUGUUGUAAGCCUCUGUGUCUCAUGCUGGCAGAUGAGUCUGACCACGAGACCCUGACGGCCAUCCUGAGCCCUCUCAUUGCUGAGAGGGAGGCCAUGAAGAGCAGCCAAUUAAUGCUUGAGAUGGGAGGCAUCCUUCGGACUUUCAAGUUCAUCUUCAGGGGCACUGGCUAUGAUGAGAAACUCGUCCGGGAAGUCGAAGGCCUCGAGGCUUCUGGCUCAGUAUACAUUUGUACCCUUUGUGAUGCCACCCGCUUGGAAGCCUCACAAAAUCUUGUCUUCCACUCCAUCACCAGAAGCCACUCUGAGAACCUGGAGCGCUAUGAGGUCUGGCGUUCCAACCCAUACCACGAGUCUGUGGACGAACUGCGGGAUCGGGUGAAAGGGGUCUCAUCGAAACCUUUCAUCGAGACAGUCCCUUCCAUAGACGCACUCCACUGUGACAUUGGCAAUGCGGCCGAGUUCUACAAGAUUUUCCAGCUAGAGAUAGGGGAGGUGUAUAAGAAUCCCAAUGCCUCCAAAGAGGAAAGGAAAAGAUGGCAGGCUACGUUGGACAAGCAUCUCAGGAAGAAGAUGAACCUUAAGCCGAUCAUGAGGAUGAAUGGCAACUUUGCCAGGAAGCUCAUGACCAAAGAGACGGUUGAAGCAGUCUGUGAAUUAAUUCCCUCUGAGGAGAGGCACGAAGCUCUGAGAGAGCUGAUGGACCUUUACCUGAAGAUGAAGCCUGUAUGGCGAUCGUCAUGUCCUGCGAAAGAGUGCCCAGAAUCCCUCUGCCAGUAUAGCUUCAAUUCGCAGCGUUUUGCUGAGCUCCUCUCUACCAAGUUCAAGUAUAGAUACGAGGGCAAAAUCACCAAUUAUUUUCACAAAACCCUGGCACACGUCCCUGAAAUUAUUGAGAGAGAUGGCUCCAUUGGGGCGUGGGCGAGUGAGGGAAAUGAGUCUGGCAACAAACUAUUCAGGCGCUUCCGAAAAAUGAAUGCCAGGCAGUCCAAAUGCUAUGAGAUGGAGGAUGUCUUAAAACACCACUGGCUCUAUACCUCCAAAUACCUGCAGAAGUUCAUGAAUGCUCAUAAUGCGUAUAAAAACUCUGGGUUUACCUUAAGCUCGCAGUCAGGCGUAGGGGACCAGUUAGGCCUAGAGGACUCUCCGGAAACUCAAGAUUCGAUGGAAUUCUAAGGAGGGCAGCCGCUUUUGAGUUGGUUUUGCAAAUUAGUUUUCCUCUGGGUUGCACUGAGGCCUCCUCGCUCCCUUCACUCCUGAGUGUGGGGUUUCGCCCCCCAAGCAGCGCUAGAUGGGAGAGGCCAGCGGAUCUGAAUCCAUGUCAGUAAUGGAUAACUGAUGAGCUGAUUGCUGGAGCCGUUUAGGGAGCUCAGAAAAGCAACAGGAGAAAUCAGUUAUUUGAAGGCUCACUAACUCAGAACAGGAGUAACUGCAGGGGACCAGAGAUGAACAAAGAUGUACAUUGUGUGUGACUGAGUGACAUGAAAAAUCAAAGCCAAGGUUGUCCAAGAGCAGCCCGGGAAGCCUGGAGAGGAAUUUGUCUCAUGGUUUCCAUCCCCCAGCCCUUCAAUUUUUUAUUCUUUAUAUUGAGAUAUACAUGUUUUUUAUAUCAUUUCUGUAGAAUAUUUUUAUUUUGUAAAUUUCACAGAUCUGGGCUUAUGCCACAAGAUCCAAAAAUCUUUAAAAGCUUUUCAGAUUUCUCGAAUAAUAACAUCUUACACACUUGUAUGGAAUGAUGACCUUCACAGAGUGCUCUCAAUGCAUUUUCUUAUUUGGUACAUUUAUGCAGAAAUCCCCUACAUCCAGGAAAAUUUUGGAAAAUCAGCCCUCUUCUGGGUUUCAGUGAUGUCACCGUGGAGUGACCUUAAGAGGUUAGGAGGUCAUCUGUGACUAUGAAUUUUUCAGUAAUAAAGUUGGAAGAAUAAAACUGCUAUCUACAGUUAUUAUUAAGUCUUCUGAUAAUACAUUUUUACUUAGCUAUCAGUAGCCAAGUAUGAUUUUUAUUUUCACUUUUUAAUUUCAAUGAAUUUAGCGUCUCCAAUGCUUUUCUAAUCUUGAAGCCACAGAGGCUUUUAAGAUCUGGGUUUAUUCACUGUGUAAAAACAGAUUUAAUGUCAUACUGAAACUUUCUGCCAGAUUUUCUCCAUAUGAAACCUGGGUCAUUUUCGCUAAAUCCAGAUUUCAUGGAGUCUUUCCCUCUGCAAUGUGUUACUCUUUCUGUUAAGAUCAGUUUACUUUCAUUGUAUUCAGAUUAUUUUUUUAAAGCCAUUCUUUUUUUUUUAAGAUUUUAUUUAUUUAUUUGACAGAGAGAGAGAGACAGCCAGUGAGAGAGGGAACACAAGCAGGGGGAGUGGAAGAGGAAGAAGCAGGCUGAUGCGGGGCUCAGUCCCACGGAUCUGGGAUCAUGCCCUGAGCCAAAGGCAGAUGCUUAAUGACUGAGCCACCCAGGCGCCCCUCAGUGUAUUCAGAUUUUUGUAGCAGGAUACCUUUGUACUUUUUGCACCUGCUAAGUUUAGACGAAGCCUGUUCAUAGUGCAGAGGAAGAGUUAACAUUUGUAGAGUGGUUUUUUUUUUCCCCAUUUCUAAAUAUUUUUGCAUUCAUUUUGCCUCGUUUUUGUUGCCUCACAACAACUCUGUGAGGGUAGGCGUUGUUACUAUUCCAGCUUGAUGGAGGGUUAUACAAUCUGCCCAAAGUUACAGUGAUAAUAAAUGUCUAAUCUGGAAUUCAAACUCAGGCCUUUUGUCUCCAAAUUCCAUAUUCUUUCUACCAAAAAAAUGUUAACCACCAUCUCUUUUCUUUUAUAAGGCAGUAUCAUAAUUUGUUUAGGAUCCCAAACCAAUGACUGCAGUUUAUAAUUCUUGGGAGCAGGGGUGGGUGGAUUUUAUAAGUCAUUACUGUGUUUUGGGCCCUUUGAUAGAAGAAAGUAAUGGUAAAGCUACCAAGAGCCUCCCAAAAUCUCUGAUGGCUCUGGUUAUUUGGAAACUAUUGUCUUUAUCCUUAGGAAUUUGGGAAUUGCCAAUUGCUGGCAAUUUAGAGCAGGCGUGGGAUUUUAUAUGCUAGUGAGUCAUAAUGAUAUGUUAGUGUUGAUUAGUUUUUUUUCUUUCUUUGAUUUUAUUGGCCAUAAUUGCCACUGUUCAUACACAGUAUAUCAAAGAGCUGUGUAAUUUAGUUGUCAAACGUGUGUCAGUGACAUUAUCCUAAAUGAUACUCAUUUGGUGCUUUUGCAGGGAUUGAGCCCCAUAUUUUCCAUUAAAAAAUAUAGACAUUUUCCUUGCUUUUUAUAUACAACAUAUAUAGAAAUUACAAAGACAUUUGUAAUUUAGUUGUCAAAAAUAUAUACGCAUUUUAAUUGUAUUUUUUCUUGAAAAUGUAGAGUUUUGUAUUUUGCCAACUAAUGGGCUUCUGUGCCACCCCUUCGCUUUCUCUCAUUUAGUCCUUACAGCAUGCUUCUGCACUAAUAAACAGCUAAAUUCAUGUAAUCAUUCAUUUCUGAAAGCAUGCUGGUGCUGGCUAUUUGUAGAAUUCCCCCCCCAUUUCUACUCUGUUACUUGAUUGGUGGCACUGAAAAUACUUUCCAAUAUUAAAUUCUCCUUUUCUAGCAUUGUAGGAAUGAUUUUGAAUGCAUGUGACGAACAGCAUGAUUUAUAACACAACCUUCCCAAUAAUCUCUUAAUCAGAUCCCAUUCUGAUAAGCCCCAGGAACAUCUGGCCGCAGACAUUUCAGGACGUAGAAAUGCUGCCUAUGGUUGUGUUAGCCCACAUUGUUGAGAUUGUGAUAUCCAAGGCCUGGUUUUAUUCUCGAGUUGUAUUUUUGAUAAUGCCCGUUGUAAAUGCGGUCACAUACUCAAGGGAAAUUCACCACACUGAAUGGAGCAUUUUUUUUUUUUUUUUGGAGUACAGACUGGGACUUCAGAAGGGCAAUGCAUUUUCCUCCUGUGAAACCUGAUUCUACAAGUUUUCUUGCCAACCCAUGGAGGCACACUGCAGGGACCAGGGAUAGUGGCUGAUGAAAACAGAGGAGUGGUCCAGGGGAGGUCAAAAAGUGCUUUGGGAUUCGUAAACAUGCACUGAGAAGCAAGAGCAGGAGAAAAGAUGUCUUUUCCUUCUAGGUGAGCUGGAAUUUAGUUUUGCCUCCAUUUGUUUUCACAAAAUAUAGAUGAAGAUAAAGAUUUUGUUGGUUGAGUACGUAGGUCUCACGUUACAUCAAAUGAAUUCAAAUUCCACACAACCAGGAGGCAGGGUUUGUAAGCACCAGUGGUGUCUGGGUGAAGGAAUCAUCAUGUGAUGCAAGUGAUUUUUGAGCGCAGAUACAUAUGUGUCUUUGGUUUUUGUAUGAGAGAUGGUCCAUUCUUUUAAUGUUAAGAGACUUUAAGUAAGGGUGGAUAUUUUGUUCUAUUUUUUUCUCUUUAACUAUACUAAUCUACAUAAAUAUACCUCGGAAAUCAUUUUCGUAAGAUUUUUGUGCAGAACUGCACUUCACUUUGUUUUCUUAACAAGUAAUCAUAAAGUUUGUUUAAUGGCUCCCAAGAGCCUUCUUUUUGUGUGUUUUAGGGAAAGUUCAGGUGCCAGGAUGCAGUGGAAUUUAUUUGAUCCAGGUGACCUGUGUUUCCAUGUCAAAUGUUUUCAAAUUAAACAAAGUAUGUGU